CCUCAUAUUCAUGAUUCACAAAAAAAUAAAAAAAAAUAAAAAAUCAAAUCUUCUGGAGAGAGAAUGGCCUCCGUUCCUUGUUCUGCUCGUCCAUCUCAAUCCAUUCUGGGGUUUCAUCGACCAAGUUGCAAGACCAACAUACCCUUUAUCAAUCUCCUCAAUCUUGGACCCAUAUCUCUCUCUAUCCCUUUGUCUGUCAGGUUGAAAACGUCUGUCAGAUUGCAAGUAAGGCAAAAUUCGCUUCCUGUAUUUACUUCAAACACUAACCCUGUGGAGGAAUCGGAUGGGUCUAAGAUCAGUGAUGCUGCUCAAGGUCCACCAUUCCUCACUAUCUUGGCUGGUUUCUUAGUCUUUUCUAUCAUUGUUUGGAUCGUUGGAUCCAUUGUAAUGUGGCUGAUUAGUCUAAUUUUCCAUGUGCCUCCAUCUAAAUAAGGUGGUUUUGUACUGGAAUUUCACCACUUUGUGAAAAAAUGCUUGAACUGCGACCUUGUUGUCCUAGAUCCUAAUCGGCAAUCAUGGUCAAACACAAGAUGACCUGUGCUGUAUUAUAUAGAAUAUUUAGACUUUUCGAUGAACAGUCCCCUGGUCAGACUGGGGUCCUUUGCACUGUGUUAAGAGACCGUUAGAUGAUCUGUGAGAUUGUUGAGUGCCAGAAGCAUCUGUUUCGAUUAUAGAUUCUAGCUGACAUUGUUGUGGAUACCAUUUGUGUUUUUGAAACGAA